GCUCGCUUUCUCAAGAUGGCGGCUGCUAAGGAAGGUGCUGCCGUUGAAGAAGUGGCGUCGGGGACCGGGCGGCGGCUUCACUUGGGGAUUCCUGAAGCAGUGUUUGUGGAAGAUGUAGAUUCCUUCAUGAAACAGCCUGGCAAUGAGACUGCAGAUACAGUACUGAAGAAGCUGGAUGAACAAUAUCAGAAGUAUAAAUUUAUGGAACUCAACCUUGCUCAAAAGAAAAGGAGACUGAAAAGUCAGAUUCCUGAAAUUAAGCAGACUUUAGAAAUUCUAAAAUACAUGCAGAAGAAAAAAGAGUCCCCCGAUUCAAUGGAGACCAGAUUUUUAUUGGCAGAUAACCUGUACUGCAAAGCUUCGGUUCCUCCUACUGAUAAAGUGUGUCUGUGGUUGGGGGCUAAUGUAAUGCUUGAAUAUGACAUUGAUGAAGCUCAGGCAUUGUUGGAAAAGAAUUUAUCUACUGCUACAAAGAAUCUUGAUUCUCUUGAGGAAGACCUUGACUUUCUUCGAGAUCAGUUUACUACUACUGAAGUCAAUAUGGCCAGGGUUUAUAAUUGGGAUGUAAAAAGAAGAAACAAAGAUGAUUCUACCAAGAGCAAAGCAUAAUGCUGACAACAAAAAAUUAUGCUAUGGAAGGCUGAAUGCUGGGCACUAGCAGUUUACUUUUCUUUAUUAAUCGACGUUACUCUCAUUUGAUAUGGUUAACUAUUUUAGAGUUAGGAACUACAGUUUCAUUAUUUGUAAACUUGUUUUUCUUUAAUACUUAUAGGACAUUAUGUUGCUUUCUGUUGUGUUGUCAAUUGUAUAAAUGGGAUUUCAUGAGUUACCACCUAACCAAUAACUACUAUUGAGACAACACUUUUAACCCCACAUAAGUGCGUAAUGUCUUUUUGAUGCCAAUAUAAGGGAGAUCUUGGCCAAUGGGAGAUACUACACAUUUGAAAUGCAUAGCUGAUUCUGUAUUUUUUACAAAACCAUUCUCCAAAGCAUCUUGAACAGGAAUAUUUGGAUAAAUGUAAAUCUGAAAUGGUUAAAAAGAAUUGUGAGCUUUUUCAUUCAUAAAUCUGCAUAGGAAUAAAAAAAAUUUCUGUGGAAAGCCAUUUAUACUGUGGCAAAAGUAUUGGAUGAUAUCAAUUCUGGUAAAAACACAAAUGUGUUACUCUAUCUCCAUGUAAUAAAAAGUAUACUAGUACAAUAUUUUUGUACUUGUAUUUCCUGUUAUUAAAGCAAUGAUAUUGAAACUGU